AAAAUUUUCAUCCAAAAGUAGUCACUUCCCAUGUCGUAUAGUCUCCAAUUGUUUCAAUCCGUCCAUUUUUGGUGGAAUUUACACUUUGAGAUUGUGAAUACUUGGCAUUGUUGGUACUAGAGCUCUCCUCAGAUCGUUAAGUGAAAAAACAAUGAUCUGGGUGGUGACCAGGGUGCUUGCGGUGGAGAAAGUGGUGAAUGCAAGGUACGGAGUGAUUGAGCAGUGGGCAUUGUUGUUGAGGAAAGCGUGGCCUAAGGGAGAGAAGAGAAAAUUGUCAGAAGAUUUCUAUUUUAGCAUUCUACCAACUGAAAUGCAGGAUACUAAUAAAGUAUCUUCAGAACCUCACGGACUUUUCUAUUUAGAUGCACCGUCAGCAUCUGUGUGUCUACUAAUCCAAUUAGAGAAGCCUGCAACAGAAGAAGGGGGAGUGACUCCUUCUGUUUAUUCAUGUAAAGAACCUGUGCACUUUACUGAGAGAGAAAGGCAGAAACUGCAGGUGUGGUCUCAAAUUAUGCCUUACAGAGAGUCCUUUGCCUGGGCUAUUGUUCCUUUAUUUGAUAAUAGCAUUGGUGGAGCUUCUGGUGGAUCUGCUUCUCCUAGUAGCCGUCUUGCUCCCAGCAUGUCUGGGUCUAGUUCCCAUGAGGGUGUCCUUGAGUCUGUUGCAAAGAUUACAUUAGAUGGGAAGAUGGGUUAUUCAAGUGGAAGCAUUAUUGUUGUGAAAAUAUCUAACUUGCCUAAAGUGAGAGAAAGCUAUACCGAGGAGUCACUUCAGGUAUAAUGGACAUCUAACUUGCUCUGUUUUAUUUGACAUUCUAGUUGAUUUCUGGCUUUUAUUUUCUAUGGUUUGCAAAGAAAAGUUGAAGACUAGUUGAAGUCCUUCAUUUCUUCCAUCCCUAUAUGCAUAAUUUUGAUUGCUUAUAAUGUUUAAUGGAGUCAUUACAUGCCAAUAUAAACUGGCUGAAGGU